AUGGACCCAUCGACGAAGAAGCGACGUACUACUGCGACUGAGCUGCGGCCGCGUCACGAUGCGAGCGACACAAGCAGCGCCUGUGCCCCUGCGGUCGCAGAGUACGACGCCGUGAUGAUGCAGCAGCAACUCGAAGCGUUGAUUCGCAGCGAAGACGUGGACUCGGCUCAGAUUUUAGGCGACUUUCUGGUCGCUCUUGCGCUCGCUCCUUCUGAUUCCAAGACCCACAGCUCAGCGGACGGCGGUGUGCGCGAGGCACUUCCGUCUGCUUUCCACGCCGACACGCUGCGGCUUUUUGCAGAUUUGAUGGUCGUCAGGCGCGAGUUCAAGCGCGCUAUUCGCUACUAUCAUCGCAGUUGCCGGGACAUGACCGUAGUGACGAACGAUCAAGAGCUUGCGACAAAGCUCAAGGUGGCCAGGUGCUACGUGCAUCUGGAUUGCAUUCAUGAAGCUAUUGAAAUGCUACGAUCAACGCCGCAAGAUGCACGGAGCGUGAGUAUGAACUUGCUGCUUGGGAGAUUGUAUGUGGACGAAGGACUGCCCACCAAAGCGGAAGAGAGCUACAUGACAGCACUCAAACAGAACCCAUACGCACUAGAAGCAGCUAUAGCGCUCACAAAACUGGCCGUGGCAAAAGACGCACCCCCAGACGUGUUUGCCGGAUCAAGUGGUGCAAUGAUGAUGGAGGAAGGCGAUGGACAAUCAAGUUAUGAUGCAUCUACGAGCCCAUACGAGAUGGAACGGUGCUAUACUGAGGAUCCAGCGACACAAAAAGCAGGAGACGGCGAGCACACUCAGUCGAAUAUGACUUGGAUGCAAAUAUUAGUGACAGCUCACGUGGACGCUGAACGGGGCAAUCACCAAAAGGCCAUCGAGUCGUUCAGCGCGCUAGACCGUGUUUUCCCUAAGAACCUGCAUUGUCUGCUGCACAAGGCUGCACUGGAGGUCGACCAGGAGCUGCUGCAUCAGGCCCAUGUAUCCUUCAAGCGAGCACGACAAGUCGAUGAUCUGAACGUGACCUUCAUGGAUUGCUAUGCCAACUGCUUACGAAAAGGGGGCUCGUGCACCAACCUGAAUGAUCUGGUGCAGGAGUUAUUUACGAUAAACCGUGCUUGUCCGGAGUCGUGGCUUGCUGCCGCAUACUACAAUGACAGUAAGGGCGACUACGAGACAGCAUUGCAGUUUUGCGAGCGUGCCAUUACGGAACGAGAUCGUUAUGCACCUGCCCACUUGCUGCGAGGUGGAAUCUUGUUGCGAAUGCAUCACCCACAGCCUGCAUUGAAAGCAUUCUGGACGUCGUGUCGACUCACUCGGUCAUUGGAAGCGUAUACUGGGAUAAUCACCAGCUACUGCGACCUGUACGUUGCUGGUGUGGACCGGUACAAGGAAGCUUUUGCUACUGCCAAAAGUGUCGUGAGACUGUUCCCGAAGAAGGCACAAAGUUUUGUAUUGUUUGGCAGCGUACUUGCGCUCAGCUCGGAGCAUCGAAAGCAAGCGCGACAGGCUCUGCAGAAGGCACUGGCGAUGGAACCACGCAAGCUUUAUGCUAGUAUUGCGCUUGCUGAUCUAGAGGUAGAGGAUGGCGAUUUACGGGGCGCUAUUGAGAGACUGCAAGCAUUAAGCGAGCGUUUUCCGCGCGACGAUGUGUUCGCUAAGCUUGCGUACGUGUACUCGAUGGACAAGCAAUUUGCCGAGGCACUGAAAUACUUCCAUCAAGCAUUGAGGCUCAACCCAACAUCGUCGGAGGCGUUACAAGGCUUGGAUCGCCUGGAGAAGCUGAUGCGUGGCGAAGACCCGGACGAGCUUAGCAAUUCGAUGGAGCAGGUCGACACAGAAGGCCAGGAGGAGUCGAUGGAAGCUAGCGAUUACUUGUCACCAUAG